GGCGGCUCUCCGGUGUCUCGCGCGUGGACAAACAGCGGCGGUCAUUUCCCGGCAGUGAGGGAGGAGAAGACAGGCACCGCGCUCCGGUCCGGAUUAACCGGCUCUCUGAUUUCUGUGCGCGCGGUCAGUUUGACUGGUGUCUUGGCCGAAGCUCGCGCCCGCGUGUCGCUGCGCUGCUGCACGCUCUCGGUGUAACGGACCGGCUGUGCGCGCGCUUUACCGGCUCUGCGAAAGAAGCCAUAUCUGGGCAAAGUAUUCACCAGCGCUAUAUAUAGAUAACACCGGAGAGCGGGACUGUGCGGUUCUGAGGGGGAAGUUGUUUUUUUUUCAUCCUGGUGCGUGCUUCCUCCUCCUCCUCCUCCUCCUCUACCCAUCCCCCACUCAUCCUCUACCCGUUCUCCACCCAUCCUUCAUCUGUCCUCCACCUGUCCUCCACCAUGUCGUACCGUAAGGAGAUGGAGAAAUACCGGGACGUGGAUGAGGACGAGCUCCUGCAGAAGCUCAGUGAGGAAGAGCUCAGGAGACUCGAAGAUGAACUCGAAGAGCUCGACCCUGACAAUGCUCUGUUACCAGCGGGUAUGAGACAGAGAGAUCAGACGAAAAAAGCUCCGACCGGAACGUUCCACAGAGACAACCUGCUGGCUCACCUGGAGAAACAGGCCAAGGAGCAUCCGGAUCGAGACGACCUGGUGCCGUAUACUGGAGAGAAGAGAGGGAAGCCGUGGGUACCCAAGACGAAGGUUAUCGACCCAAUUCUGGAAAACGUCACACUGGAGCCAGAGCUGGAGGAAGCUUUAUCUAACGCUACAGAUGCAGAACUGUGUGAUAUCGCAGCUAUCCUGGGCAUGCACACUUUGAUGAGUAAUCAGCAGUAUUAUGAAGCUUUGGCCAGCAGCACCAUCGUCAACAAACAGGGUUUAAACAGUGUGAUCCAGUGCGCGCAGUAUAAGCAAAUUCCCGAUGAGCAUCCCAACGACACUGAUGUGGAACAGACACUAAUGAAGAUUAAACACAAUGAUCCUGAACUCGUGGAGGUCAACCUGAACAACAUCAAGAAUAUUCCCAUCACCACUCUGAAAGCAUAUGCUGAGACGCUAAAAGAAAACACAGUAGUGGAACGACUGAGCAUCGUAGGAACACGGAGCAAUGAUCCUGUAGCCUACGCAUUUGCCGACAUGCUGCGAGUAAACACCACACUGAAGUGUUUGAACGUCGAGUCGAACUUCAUCACGGGAAACGGAGUCCUCGCUCUGGUGGAGUCGCUGCAGUAUAACACAACACUGCAGGAGCUCAAAAUCGACAACCAGAGUCAACCCCUGGGUAAUAAGGUGGAGAUGGAGAUUGCCAGCAUGUUGGAGAAAAACAGCACGCUGCUAAAAUUCGGAUAUCAUUUCACACAGCAGGGACCUCGCUUACGCUGCUCUAACGCUAUGAUGAACAACAAUGACCUGGUGCGUGUAGUUCGCUCAGAUUCAGACGGAGCCAUCACCUUCACUCUGUCCGUCCCCGAGCUGGAGCGAGCCUUCUGUAAAAAAUUCAAGUUCUCCGCGAAACCCAAGUAAACUAAGAAAGAAAAGGCGUGAAAGUGGCCCAAUUUUCCCCAAGUGUCGGACAGACGUGUAACAGCGGCCAUGACUGCGCCCCCUGGUGGCCUGGAGGUCUGCAGCUGGCCGCAUUCUUUCUUUCCCUCUCUGAUUGUAAUACUACUGUACGUAGUACACACACACACACACACACACACACACACACACUUUGACGCCUUUGAAGACUUCUGAAGACUAACUGUAGAAAGUACUGAAUGAAAUGUCAUAGACUUUGUGAGUGUAUUUAAGAUGGAAGUUGUGUUCACAGGAAGUGAUGAUCUGCAGUGUAUCGAUCACAGGGAUGUUGUCACCAAGCAAUAAUUCUUUAUAAAUCUCAGAUUGUUGAGUUGUGUUUUAAUUGCCUAAUAAAAUAAUUAUGCUUUA